AUGCUAAUUUUGAGUUUCUAUAUAUUAUCCAAGUGGAAUUAUCAAGAAGUUGAUCGAGAGAUCAAGGCAGAAUUCAGGCCUGAAGACAUACUUUUGGAGGCAAAUGUGUCUAGUGACUACCAUAUUGGACAGUGUAGCACUAAACUUCAACUUUCAGGAACAUUGCAUACCACACUGCUGGGUAAUAUAAUUAUCCUUGUUGUCAUCAAAGUUGAGCAAAGUCUCCAUGAGCCCAUGUAUUAUUUUUUGGCUAUGUUAGCUGCCACUGACCUCAGCCUUUCACUAUCUUCCAUGCCCACCAUGAUCAGUGUCCACUGGUUCAACUGGCGCUCAGUAAUUCUUGAUGCUUGUAUCACUCAGAUGUUCUUUAUCCACACUUUUGGGGGAGUGGAGUCAGGUGUUCUAGUGGCCAUGGCUUUUGAUCGCUUUGUGGCUAUUCGCUUCCCUUUGUACUAUGCUACUAUUCUCACUCAUGGAGUCAUCAGAAAUAUUGGAGCAGCAGUCCUGCUGAGGAGUGUGGCAGCUGUGCUCCCUGUGCCUUUCCUCAUCAAAAGGCUGCCUUUCUGCCACUCCAACAUCCUCUCCCAUGCAUACUGCCUCCAUCAGGAUGCCAUGAAGCUUGCCUGUGCUGACACUCGUGUCAAUAGCAUCUACGGCCUUCUGGCCGUGAUCUUCAUCAUUGUACUAGAUGCCUUGAUCCUUUUGGUCUCUUACAUUCUAAUCCUCCAGGCAGUAUUGAGCAUUGCUUCCCAGGAAGAGAGACUCAAAGCUCUCAACACCUGCCUCUCUCAUAUCUGUGCAGUGUUGCUCUUCUAUGUUCCUCUUAUUGGCAUGACUCUGAUUCACCGCUUUGGGAAGCAUUUGUCACCAAUAGUACAUACACUCAUGGCCAAUAUCUACCUGUUACUCCCUCCUGUGCUUAAUCCUGUUGUGUACAGUGUUAGGACCAAGCAGAUCCGGCGGCGGAUUGUCCGAAUCUUCUGUAAGGACAGAAUUGGCCCUUAA